AUGUUUGAUCCUGAAAUUGUGACAUCGAGCGACAUGAAGACUAUUGAAGAGAUUGCUAAGUUGGCAGACCAAACACAUUGUGCCCUGCGGUUGCAUAGCUAUACCGCGGAUGAGAAGUUGCUAGUGUACAAUUUCAUCCCCAUGGGUAGCCUAGCAAAAGUGCUCCACGGUGACGAAGAUUCUCGCCCAGCUCCGCUGGACUGGGAUCAGCGGUCAGCCAUCUCACUUGCUGCUGCGCGCGGUGUGGCGCCUAUCCACUUAGCUGGACCAUCCAGCUGCCAUGGAAAUAUCAAGUCUUCCAACAUCCUGCUCACCGGCACCCACGAUGCAUGUGUGUCGGAGCAUGGCCUGAUAACACUUGGCAUGUAUUCGAAUGACUCCGGCUACCGAGCGCCCGAGGUCACCAGCAAUAGGUGGGUCUCCCAGAAAGCCGAUGUGUACAGCUUCGGAAUCCUACUGCUGGAGCUUCUCACCCGCAAGGCUCCCGCAAAAAGCAUAAAGAAUGAGCAGGGAGUAGAUUUGUCACAGUGGGUGUAUUCCGUUAUGCGUGCGGAAUGGACGGCGGAGGUAUUCGACGUGGAGCUCCGAGGACGGGAGCAGAAGGACGGGGAACAAGAGUGCAUGUUGCGACUUCUGCAGCUCGCCAUACACUGUUGCAGUCAAGAUGCCAACUCUAGGCCUACAAUGUCUAAUGUUGUGCAGCAGAUCGAGGAGAUCCGACAAUCCUGA